UAUCAUUGUCAAAAAUCAGGCUGUCACGGGUCACGCUACAGCUUCGCGCGGCCGAAUACUUCAUCUUCUGAAUUUCUAGCCCCACCACCUCCUCUUCUCUCGUUUAGCUAUAGCUGUGUACCUGGUGGUUGACUCUGGUCUCUAGACAGACCCGCAUCCUGAAAUCGUGGUUUCCCCCCCUCCCGACGCCACCAUGUAUCCCAGUAAUAGCGCACAUUCUCAGAAUAUUCCUUACGAUCCUUUGCCCUUGACUCAAGAUCCACCCAGGGACUCGAUUUACUCCGAUCCCUCUUCUCCCCAUGCUUCGGGCUUCGACACUCCUCCUGUCGAAAUGUCUCAGUUUUCGGACACCAUACCCCCGAGCGGUGCAGCCCAACCACGCUUUCUUGGCGCAGCUUUGUACGACGACCCCUCUAACAGCUAUCGAGAUUCCUUCGCGUCGCAAAAUACCCAAAAUACCUUUAGAACCGCGCCUUCCGCCAUCAAUUCCUCUGUCUACGCCUUGAAUCCUGAAGUAGAACGUUCUAGCGCCUACCGUGAUGACCCACAUGACCCUGAGUAUAACUCUGGCUCUGGUCAGGAUGUGGGUUUCAACUCCCCUCGUUACCUUGCUGAGAAGCGAUCAGCAUACACCGUCCCACGUGUAAAAUCAAAGCGCGGACUUAUCAUAGCUGGCUCAAUUCUUGCAGCUGUGAUAGUCCUUAUUGCUGUCGUUGUCCCCAUAUAUUUCGUCGUGAUCAAGCCCAAAUCAUCGUCGAAUAACAGCUCCGCCGUCUCUCCCAGCAACCCCACCUCGACCUCAACCUCGACCGGUCAACCUUCCUCCGCUGUUGUCACUGGUGGCAAUGGCAGCACAAUCACGAUGGAGGAUGGUACUACCUUCACGUACUCGAAUCCUUUCGGUGGUACCUGGUAUUGGAAUCCUGAUGAUCCAUUCAACAAUAAUGCUCAGGCUCAGUCAUGGACGCCUCCCCUCAACCAGACCUUCAGCUUCGGCACUGAUAAGAUUUUUGGCGUCAAUUUGGGUGGUUGGCUUAAUACGGAACCCUUUAUGCAAGUCUAUCCGCGCUGCUGGCAACAUUGUACCUUACUUAUCUUUAUCUUAGCGCACCCGCUCUUUAUCAGAAAUACCCUCAAGCUAUCGAUGAGUGGACGCUGAGCGAAGCCAUGGCCGCUGACACAUCAUCGGGUGGCGGUUUGUCACAGCUAGAAACGCAUUAUCAGACGUUCAUUACCGAACAAGAUUUUGCCGAAAUUGCUGGAGCAGGACUGAACUUCGUCCGCAUUCCCCUUCCAUACUGGGCGAUCGAAGUACGA